UUUUGUGAUAGAAGCUGGACGAUUGGAAGCCUAAACUUAAAAAAAGGAUUUAUUAAUCCACUAAAAAAAUAAAGUCGUAAAAUGGCUGGUCCAAGAUAUUCCCCGAAUUUUGAAGAGUACAUUGUUUGUCCCUUCGAUAGCGCUCACCGCAUUAUGCCGGUGAGGCUAUCUUACCAUCUCACACGGUGUGCUAAGAAUUUCCAAGCAUCAAAGAUGGUUCGAUGCCCAUUUAAUUCUUGCCAUUUGCACUCUGUGGGCGACAUGCAGACUCAUGUCAUCGACUGUCCCGAUCGGUCUGCGCUAGAGCGCUAUAAGCUGCCGGACAAGUUGCCCCCCGUGGAGCCGCAACCAUGUAAUUUUACUGUGGAAUGCUCAGAGGACUGGGACUCUGAGCCGCCAGCUCCAACAUAUAAUCCGAGCACAUACUGCGAGAAGGCUUUCAUAAUUCGUAAUCCUCAAGGUGCUCCGCCGGCAGCACGACGCGAAUUUCGCGAAAGCGAAAAAAAGCGUUUUCAGGAAAACAAGGAGUUUUAACAAGA